CUCAACUACUACAAGGAAUAAUACCACGAAGGUGGUUCCUACAAACAACGACAAGCAACAACCAGUUAUUGAUGUGGCCACCAUGACGACCGCAGCGACCACACCUAUUCUACCCAAGAAAGUGACUCAUGCCCAACUACAAGCGGAUUUUGACCCUCCUACAGAAGAAGACAACAAAAUGGAUGACGAUGGCCAGGAAAUGGGCCAAGAAGGAGAGAACAAC